UUCUCUGAUUUUGAUGCAUUGCAGAUGAAGCAAAAAGAAAUAAACUAAAAAUCUUCAAUAAAAAAAACCCAAAAUGGAAGAAAAUAAUUAUAUAGAGAGAGUUUAUGUUUUUUCUAAGCCAAAGUAACAUCUAUUUCUGCAUUUCGGGUUUUCUAUUUUAUUUUCUUUCUCCUUUCAGGUAUCAAUAGAAGAAAACCAGUAAGGAGUUGCUGGUUUUCUUGCUAAAUGGUUGAGGUUUUAUAGAUAAUGCAGUGUAAGAAAACAUACUUUAUAAGCAAGUUCAAUGGAUGGUAAUCUGAUGGCUGAUCCUGAUUCAGAGUCCUCUACAUUGGGUUUAAGGCACAUAAGCAGCUCACUUUUCAAUAUUCCUGGUUUCCUUGUUGGAUUUAGCUCUAAGGGUCCUUCGGAUUAUGAUUCAGUGCGAAGCCCUACAUCACCUCUCGAUUUUAGAGUUUUUGCAAAUUUUAGCAACCCUUUUGGGGUUAGGUCUCCUAGAUCUCCAUCUCAAAGUGGUUGUCAAAAGAAGUGGGAUUGCAAUAAUAUAGGUUUGGGCAUUGUGAAUUUGCUUGCUGAUGACAUUAAACCGGAUGGUGGAGACCUUGAUUCUUCGAAGAGAAAGAACAUAAUAUUUGGACCACAGGUGAAGGCUAAAUUUCCUUGCUCCUCGAGCUAUUCCCAUGAAUUCCUCGGUAAUUCAAUGAAAGCCAAUUCUUUGCCUAGGAAUUACAUAAUCUCCCAGCUUUUCCAAGCUGGAAAAUCCAAUGCCAAGUCAACAAUUUCUAGUCGUGGCUUUGGAAAUGAGGAGGUACAGGUAGAGCCCAAACCAGAUCCUGGGCUUUCCCCCUUUUUUAUUUCCUCAACGGAAAACCCGAAGUUGAGUUCCAGAAGUUUUUGUUCAGAGAAUGGAACCAUCAGCACUAAUAGUUCACCUUUGCCAAUUGGCAAAUCUUUGCAAGUAGAUAAUUCUUUGGUAAGUAAACCAAGUUCUCUUCCUAUACUCUUGAGCCAUAGCCUGGUAUCUCUUCCUGCAAAUGAGAUAGAGCUUUCGGAGGAUUAUACUUGUAUAAUUUCUCAUGGUCCGAACCCUAAAACGACUCAUGUUUUUGGUGACUGUAUUUUGGAAUGUCACAACAACGAGUUAACAAUUUUUGACCAAAAACCUGAACCCUGUGCCGAAGUGCCUCCACCAGGUAACGGCGAAAAGACUUCAGCACUUUACCCCUUCGAUGAGUAUUUGAGCUUCUGUUACACUUGCAAGAAAAAACUAGAGAAAGACGAAGACAUUUACAUGUACAGAGGUGAAAAGGCAUUUUGCAGCCUUGAUUGCCGCUCUGAGGAGAUUUUUGCGGAGGAGGAAAUGGAGAAAACUUGUAAUAAUUCCUCCAACGGUUCUCCGGAGCAGGGCAACGAGGAAGACCUCUUCCCAAUGGGUAUGUCCAUUAACAUGUAAUGGACUAUUAUUAUGAUUGCUUUUUGUAGGCAUCGAUGCCAAGAGUGAUGACUUUAACCUGGAUGAUCAUCUGUUCAUAAA